AUGAUUGCCCAACGCGUUUUGCAAUGCACACCAAUGACUAUCGUUCGUUCAACAGUUUGCCGCUUUUCAAUGGAUCCGUUAGAGAGGAAAAUGGCGCAGAAGCGGGCGGAAGUUGUUGCUCAACAAAACCAAGAGGAUUCGAUGAAAUAUGCGACGAAGACGGAUUUCCAGCAAAAUGUUCAGGAUACCCGACAUGCAGGUGCCGCUUGCGCUGAAACUGGACAAGUGCCGACGCGAUGGCAACGUCGUUUCUUGGUCAUUACCAAGCUUUACCCGAAUAUUGAGUCGAUUCCGCCAUACGUUCACAAUGGCACCAUGAAUCGAAUGCACGAUCGAAUGCGGGUGGUAUUCAUUGUCGUCGCCACCGGCUUCUUCUUCUCGAUCUUCUAUGCCGCUGAAUUGCUUUUGGAUAAGCGAAUUCAGCAAGACCGAAGAGCUGGUGUAGUUGUUACGAAAAUGUGA